CAGAAUCCACCUCCUUCAAUUUCAUCAUCCGCCUUCGUCUUCUCCGGAGCAGAUUUCCCCAGCAGCAGCGGACGAUUGGUGCUUUUUGCGGAACUGUGUUGGCCAGUGGCUUGGAUCGGUGGUUACCGAGUUCCAGACGCACAUUGGGAAAACGUUUCUGGUUAUUUUGUGCGUGAACUUGCUGCUGAUUGGGUUUUACUGGCGGAAAGUAUCAUGAUCGAUCGCUUCAUCCGGCCGAGUACCGCCAAGGAAAUGGAAGAGCUUAAGUUGUCAGUGGCACGUCCUCAAUUGCCGAAGGAGCACGGCCCGCGGAUCUAAAAAUGUUCCACAAGCUUAAGAAAUUCAUCGCCAAGCAGAAAGUAAAGUUCGGUACCACUGGACCGGGUCAACAGCUAAACUCGGAAACUCCAGCACCCUCGUCUAGUUUGAGCAAGUCCGGCAACAGUAGCAGCAAGGAUGUGUGCGUUCCAUCGAAGCGAAAGGAACUGUCCAGUGAGGCGAAAGCCGCUGCACUAGCCCGGAUUGAAGGCCGGGACAAAAAGGAGUUAAACACAUCCCUGGCGGCCAUCCAAGCGCUGGUGCGACGCGAACUUGAAGUCGAACGAAAAGUCAAAAGGAACACGGGAACAGCCGCGACUGGGUACAGCACGAGCGGUUUGUCGGAAAAUGAGCGCAAAGACUUGGCCGUGCAGGGAGUUUAUUUCCGGUAUCCGCGAGAAGGUACUCAAAAUUACGAAUAAAAAAUAAGAU